AUGGACGCGUUCUUGAGGGGCGUGAAGCGGAAAUCCACAGCACCGUCGGUCCCCGAUCCCUCGCCAUACCUACAAGAUGAUGACGAGUCGACAGACGUCAAGCUGGCGAUCCUGGCCUCUUUACACCCAGGACUGGGUCAAGACGUGCUGCUGGACAGCCUCUUGGCCCACGACGGUUCAGUCGAGGCCACCUCUGCAUCCUUGGCAGACACGCAAUUCACACCACCUCUGUUGCACAAGCCCAGCCAAGCCGUGGUAGGAACUCAGACCUCACUCAGAGGCUUCGCCACGAGCAACAGCACGACAAAGCUAGGGACUACUCCUACGAAGAAGCCCAAGACACUGUCCAGGAAGGGCACAACCCUUCGUCUAUACGACCCAGAAGACGUGGCAGAGCACACCCCAUGCAGCAUCAUACACAACUUCCUUCCCGUCGACAUGGCCAACGACCUGCUCCGCGAAAUGCUCGAAGAGUCCAAGACUUUUGAGAAAAUCACCUUUAAGAUCUUUGACAAUGUCGUCGCAAGCCCCCACACCUCGACGUUCUACGUCGAGACAGAGGCAGAACAGAGCACGCAGAAGAACGAAUACUACUAUAACGGCUCCAGCUUAACGGACGUGCGUCGGAUCACGCCACAGCUUCUGCGGGUCAAGCCACUGGUCAGGGAGGCUGUGAACAAGGAGAUCCAGCACCGCAUCAAAACCAAGUACCCGGAUGGCCAGAAGCUCAAAUACCAAUCACCAGACCCAUGGCAGCCCAACGCAGCCUUUGUCAACUGCUACAACGGGCCCCAAGAACAUGUUGGAUAUCACAGCGACCACCUCACCUACCUUGGACCGCGGGCUGUGAUCGGAUCGCUCUCCCUUGGCGUCGCUCGCGAGUUCCGCGUACGCAAAGUGCUCCCCCGAGACAGCGACAACAACCUCACGGAUGAUCCAGAUGCCGAGGGUCAGAUCUCCAUCCAUCUACCUCACAAUUCCCUGCUCGUCAUGCACAGCGAGAUGCAAGAACUCUGGAAGCAUUCAAUCGCCCCGGCGCAGGCUAUCGAUCCGCAUCCCAUCGCUGGCAGUAGGAGAAUCAAUGUGACCUACAGAGACUACAAGGCCAUUUUCCACCCCAAAUACACGCCCAAGUGCAAAUGCGGAAUACCGACGGUGUUGAAGGUUGUGCAGAAGCGCAAGGAGAAUUGGGGGCGGUACUUCUGGAUGUGCCACCGUGGUAACACGCCACAAGGGGAGAGCUGCUCCUUUUUCAAAUGGGCGGAUUUCGACGACGACGGCAAUCCGGUUUGGGACGUGGCCCGCUAUCGGAAAGGCGGUCGUCCGAUAGAGAGCAACGACACAAACGCCAUGACAUGA